UGUUUUUUCCUGACGUCUGAUCACGCAAAGAUAACUUCUCUGAUGAUUGGAACCAGACUUUUAAAUACCGUCAACAAUAUUUGUAAACUUGACGGGGUUUUUGUCUUCGAAGUUGGGGAGGAUUUUUAGAAUGUCAAAAAAUCGCGACGCUUCUGCAUUCUUCACAGAAGACGAAUAUGAAAACUUUUCUUUGAAACCCCGGUUCGACAUUGAGCUUUUUCAAGCCUACGAUGCACGCGCGGCGGAAGGAGGAUCGCCACUUAAAAAGAGAAAACCAUCCAAUACCAAACAGCGUAAUCCAGCUACUUCUAGAAGUCAUGUGAUACUACCAGGUCAACCAAUCCAAAGCUCUCGAUCACUCUCUGACCAGAUUCACAAAGGUGUCAAUGUCGUCCCUCAGGAUCAUCUGAAACCGAAGCGAUGGACUCUAAAGAGUCCAAAACCACAAUGUCCAUACCCAAGAUUUUCCUCCUUGACACAUGCUCAACAGCAGCUCUACAUUGCGCUAUGGCAGAAACAUGGACUCCGACACUCCAACCAGUCGCGGUAUACAACAUCUCCGGAACUUAUCACAGAGAAACAACAACUGAGGAAGUUACAGAUUACGGUUCACAAGGAACAACAGGAUUUUAUGAAAUAUGCAGAACGAGUUGCAAGAAGCAACCCUAAGGACUAUGAGCAGCUGUCUCCACAAGCCAUGCAGUUUCUACAGAAGCACUGGCUAUCUCAAGAGAAGAGAGUGAAGAAUCUUCCGCAACAUUACAGUUUACAUCAGACUGUUGGUAUCGUCUCAUCUAACGUCUUCCCAUCAGAUCCUGUUCUCACCUUUGGUUCUCGUCUCUUAGUCUUGGGAGAACAAAGGAUUGUAGAUGAGUCGACCAUUGACAGAAAACUUCAUCAUAAUGUUGCAACAGCUUUCCAGAUACAGAGUCAAACCAAGCCAGCAGCCACCAGAAAUACUGAUACUAAGUCAAAGGAGCUGAUCGAUGAUCAAAAUGUUGUGAAGUUAGCUACAAAAUAUCAAGCCAAUGUCGUCAUAGCAACUGCAUCGCUAGCAACUCUUGCUGACAACCACGCCCCAGAUUUUGAUAAGAAUUGGCAGAUUCCUAUUCACGUCAAAUCAACUCGGCUACCAGACGCAGAAGUUUCUGUCAAGACAGUUUACAUCAGCGAUCCCCUCACAAACGCAUACUACCCCCAUGAAGGUAGUAGAACAUUCCACUCCGCAGUCCUAAGUGCAUACCUGACUCAAAAUGCGACUACUGAGAGUUAUUUUAGUAAUCAUGACUCUGAGAGUGACGAAGAGGUAACAAAUGAAAGCCAGAAAUCUCCUGAAAUUUCCAACAAUUAUUUUGACAGUCAGGAGCUUGAUUUGAGCAAUCUGGAGACUUUUGGAUCAACUGUUUGUAAAUCAGACAAGAAAACUUUAAAGCAAACUAAAGUAAGUCUUAAACCCGGAGGAGCAUCUGAAGAGAGUGAUGUAAAGAUACAAUGUCUUGAUAUCGCAAAAGAGGAGCACCAGCCCGCUCUGGUCACCAGUUUGAUUAAGACUGAGAGUCAGCCUACAAUGGACAAGACGACUCAGGAGAUCUUGGGUGAUACAAAUAUCAACAGAUCCAUUCUUCCGCAUUCUCCAGCACCCAACAAUAAUCGCCCACAGGUUUUGAACAAAACACCCUCUGAUAUAAUCUCUUCAGAUGGUAAGAAAACUCAUGACAAAAUAGGAACGACUUCACCUUCUUCAUCUGAUAGCGAGAUAAGUGCACAUGAGUCGCUGGAAUAUAAAGAAGAAAAGUCCAGCCAUACAUCUUCAAAUCUUGAGACAUCUUGCCAGCGCAGUAUGAUGUUCGGCGUGUCAUCAGAUAGCUCCGCACAACCAAGGCAGGAAGUUUCAAUCUUAAACCAGUCAACUUUCAAGGUAGAGAGAAAUGAAUUUGCUUUAGAGAGUGAUGUCAGUGAAGGAGAGUUAAUGAUUGCUUUGAGCUCAGAUCCUGAGUCCCCACAGAUUAGGAAAUGCCAAGAUAAUCUGUCACUUUCCAGCAUCAAAACACAAUUUAAGCAAUAUUCUGUUGAUAAUACUCCACAAGAAGAAAUUAAAUCAGACUGCGCUCAAGAGAAUCAGCAGAGCGCAUCUGAACGAACUGCGAAUAGGCCAAGAAAACGGCACAUAAGUAGUGAGCUGACAACAGACGCAUUAUCCGCACCAAGAAGAAGUUGUCGCCUCAAGAAACUUCACCAACCAGAGACUGCAACUCAACCCACAUCAUCUACACAGUCAGAGGAUAGCGCAUGUUCAUCAGUAAAGAACACAUCUGACAAAAAACCAAAUUCCAAGACAGAGUCAUCUCUUAUUUCUAAGAAAGAUGCGCUCAUAACAGACUCGCCCCUCUCGCCCCCACCCAGUCAGAAAGGGGUUGAUCAUGGUUCCUUAUCCCACACACCUCAAGCCAGGGGUGCAACUUUGGUACCUGAGUCACCCAUGUCUCCACCCUUUCAGGACCAAAGAGGAAAAACACUUGUCAUGUGUUGCCCAUCUGAUCCGGAAACAUCACCCCAUUCCCCCGAUGCCAACCACAAGGAGAUGCCCAAGUCGGACGUAGAAAAUCUCAUACCUUGUAAGAGAUACAAUCUCCGAUCUAAGAAUGUGACGACUGGAAGUGAAGAAGCAGUUGUAGCUGCCUUAUCAAAAGCUGCAGAUAGUCAAAAUCAAAACUAUCCCCCUAGCAGCAACACUGAUCCUGCCCCGUCAUCAGACACAAUGAAUAAUAUAGCUAACAUUUCAGACAACUCCACUGCCACCAGAGAAGAACCAACGCCUAUCAUUGAAAAUGAAAACUCAACCAAAGUUUCUAAAACAGCUUCCCACCAAGCAAUUACUCAACCUCAUGAAACUAAAACUCAAAAAAGGCUACCUGUUAAAACUCGCGCUAACAAGCAGAGUAAAACAACUGGAGAGGAGUCUACAAUGGACUCAAUACUCAAACUCCAGCAGAAGCUGCACAGUAGCAAGAUGGAGAACCAGUCUCCUCCCAAGCCGCUCAUAACUAUUCCAUGUGUUCAAGGUCAGAGUGACCUUUGUGUUGAGGAUCCUUCUACUUAUAAGAGUGAAAUGGAUGGAAGGGUUGAUUACACUCUGUGGAGAUUCGGAAAACUCAACAUUUUAGUGAGGAGCGACAUUGAUGCGGUGAGUGCGCCCUCUGGAGUUACAAAUCUCAACAAGGGUCAAGUGACAAGCAUCCUUUCAAAGAUGGAGUUUCAGCCUCACUUUGGUUUUGAGCAAAUAAGCGUAAGUGAACUCACCAAGCUGUGGAUUAGCCUGCUGCUACAACCAGGGUCAAAGGUCAUUCAAGGUCGUAUGAACGCAUUGACCUCUGACCUGAUACUGCUGGAACACUUUGACAUGCAUAGUUCCAUUUGGGAACAGCCAUCUUUCCAGCCGUCUCAGUGUAUGAAGAUGAUAUCUCAAGUACUGGAUAAACUUACAAGUUUGUCCGAAGGUCACUACUUGCUGUGUCAUUCGGCUGGUGAUAUGCACGUCUGUAUAUUACAAUCAACAACCAACACCGGAAAAUCAAGGUCUCCCUAUGAUCUACACAAAUCGCACAUCGAUACUCCAAUGAUGCAACCCUGCCCGCCUCCUCUGUUGCCAUGGUUACCACUUGACACAAAUUUGAUACUACCAAGUCAGAUGGCGGCAGGUCGUAUACCAGCAACGUUUCCUCCAAAAAAUAUGACAAAAAAUGUAAAAGGUGAUGUUGCCAAUAAUGUUGCAACCAAGAAAAAGAAAAAGAAGAAGAAAAAGAAAGUAGGCAAGACGUAAGGAUAGAGCUGUCAAAGCCAAAAGGAAGAUGUAUUCGUUGUGUGUCCACCCAAUGAGACAUUACCCUCAUCAGAAAGUAGGCAAGACGUAAGGAUAGAGCUGUUAAAGCCAAAAGGAAGAUGUAUUCCUAGUGUGUCCACGCAAUGAGACAUUAACCUCAUCACUAAAUAAUAAAACCUUUCAAGCUUUUACAACAAAGCUGCAAACGUCUCAACUCUAUAUUAUUUAUUGAUGUUAUUUACCAACCAAUUAUAAAAAGUAAGUCUUACAAUAGGAGUGCACUGUUUGGUUUGGGUGUAAACCGACAUAUUUACCCAAACCCAAUAGUGCGUGAAUAUUGCAAAGUUCUAAUAAAAUUUGCAAUUAGUUGCAGCGUUUGUGCUCAAUAUUAACGUUAGUAACCUAAUAAGCGAUUUUUGAGAAGUGCACUUAGAUUGCUUUGGGUGUUUACAGAUAAAUUCAACCGAACUUAAUACUGACACAGUAUUGUGUCCCCUAGUCUCAAAAAGGCUUUAUUUUGAUCCAAAUUUUGAUAAAUUAUUCAAAGCCAAACCAAUAAAGUUUGCCCUUCUAAUUUGUGCUGGUUUUGAGAGCUCAUUAAAUAUCUAAAUUGUGACAAUUGGUCUGGAUUAGCCCAGUGCUUUGUAGCCCUGGGAGAGAAGGGUGUCUACUGCAUGACAAAACCCAUGAUGGCUUAUCAUGAUUACAAUCAUAAUGAAUUGCAUCUAUAGAUCUUUCCAUUAAACAAAGCCUCGGCUAG